AUGAAAAUGAAAAAGUAGUACUAUUCCCAUAGUUUGAAUUUAUCGUAAACGAAAUAAGAUUCACUUAAAUUUAAGACCAGUAAAUCUAUUGAAUCAAAUAAGAAAAGAAAAACUAAGCUUUUUGCACUUGAUCGAUGUUGAGAAGGAUGUAUUGAGACUCAAUAAUUGAGGAGAAGACAAAGCUUAAAAUAGUAACGUAGGUAAAUUUUUAAAGAAAAAGAAUUUUUUAAUUGAUAACAUUUCAAAAUAUGACUAAGAAAAUGAUUUGAAAAACAGUUGCUUCAAGAAUUAAAAAUGA